AUGUCGUUAUGUUGUCUGAAAACACGAGACCUUUCAUGGCAAGACCAUAGCAUCAAUAUUGAAUUAAUAUUGGCACCAAGAAAAACCAAUUUACUAUCGAAACAACACAUAUCACUUGGUUCCAAGUGUGAAGACGAGGUUACCAGAUACGAAUUAAAACAAAAUUCAUUCCUGAAACACUUACAACUGGAAAAGCAUCAUCUUGGUCAAAAAGCUACCGACUACUAUAUAUUGAAAGCUAAACGUUUUCUGGAUAAUUUUCCUGUCGACCUGCGGAAAGAAAUCCUAAAUCGUCGAUCAUUUUCAGAUGCACUGAAUAAAAUAAGGGAUGAAGUAUUAGAAAACCAAAAGAGGGCACAAUCCGAACCUUUACCAAAUAGUUUAGGGUCAUACAGAAGAAAAUCAGAUACAAAUGAUACUAAGUUCCCACAGUUGAGUAGUCAGGUCAAAAAGAAAACCUCAGGCACCAAAAGAAGUGAUUUUACUUAUAUUACAGAAUUCCCUGAAAGAAAUGACGAAUUACCACCAGUUAUAAUAGAAGUAGACAAAACACGUCCUGAAAAACCAUCUUUGCGAAGAUCUAAUACAGAAUAUAUAUCUAUGAGAAGAACAGAGUCUGGCAAAUCUAACUCACAUUCUGCAAGUUCUGACUCACGUCGUCCAAAGUUGGCAAGACAAAAAUCUGUAAGGUUUGAAAACGAUAGCGAACCAUCAGAGAAAAAAGCUACUCUACAAGAAAAGGUUAAAGAAUUCAUCAAAGAGCAAGAAUACUUCAACUCACAAGUUCAACACAAUCACCGAGUAAACAAGACAGGAGACGAAAAUGAAAAUGACAAAGAGAAAUUAGUCAGUGCCUUUGACAAUUUCUGUAAAAUGCAGAACAACAAAUCUCAGCUACAUAAGCUUGUUAAAUUAGCAUCAAAAUUCAAAGUUAGCAAUUCUAUGACAAAUUCAGCUAGGCAUUUUAAAUCAUCCCGUUCAUACCAGACAAUCCAUAACGUCUCGUGAAUAGAGAAAUUUGACAUGUUACAUAGCUUUGUGGUUUUUAAAUAUCUAAUUUUGAGAUUUCUGCUUAUAUUCAUAUAAUAUUUAUAUAUAGAAUAUUUAUUUUGAUAGUCGUUUUGUGACUGCUGUACCGAAGUUUGUAUGAUUAAAAUAUUUAUCAUUCUCA